AUGACUUCAUUCACUUUUGACCAAUUCGUUGCCUUCGGGUCCGACAGUGCUGGUCUCGAACGAAUUCUUCGCGGUCUCCAAGCCCUUACCGCAAUCUUUUCAGCAUACCCUUCCCUCGUGGCCCUCGCCCUGCUGGACGCAGAUCCGCCAAUCCUAGAAGCUCUGGGCCCAUUAAGAGGCCACCUCACCCUAACGCGCCGCUUCAUCCGCUUCUUCUGGUUCCUCAACUCCUUUGGCACGUCCUAUAACCUCUACACCUCCAUCUCCUCGUCGCCAUCAUCUUCAGGGGACGGAUCUGCAAAAAGGAGCAGCAGGGGUGCGGGCCUAGAGACCUGGCUCGACAUUAUCAAGUUCACGCUCCUCGGCCUCUACGGCGGCCUCGAGUCUCUCACCCUCCCGGACCUCUUGGGUGUCCCGCAGAUUGCUUACUUUGGCGCGGAGCGCACUCGGUCGCUCAACGUCGAGGCGCAGCGGUUCUGGUUCUUGGCAUUGGUCUUUGGCGUGUUUGCGAACCUGACGCGCAUACUCAAGGCUUUUGCGUACGCGCCGGUGCCGCAGCACGGCCACGGUUACGGCACGGGCGAGAAGCCGGUGGAGGAGAAGUCCACCGUUGAAGGGGAUGUGGUUACCGGUGAGAAGGUGGGGGGAGAAGAUGACGGUGAAGAAAAGCUUGAUUGGGAGGCUGAGCGUGCUCGUCUCAGGGCUAUUGUCAUGAAGAGGCGGGAAGGCAGGAAGCGGUGGAGGAGGGAGGUCGCGUUCAAGAUCAAGAGCCUUGGGCGCAAGAUCAUUUCCGACUUGCUGGAUUGCCUCAUUCCGGGCGGGAUCCUGGGCUGGGUCAAUAUCCAGCCGGGGACUGGUGGGAUUGUCAUGCUCAUCACUUCCGUCAUGACCAGCAGAGACAUUUGGGAGAGAUGCGGUGCUACUGUUAGAGAAAAAAGGAGUUCUUGA